AUGAGCGCCAAACCAUCCAAUAAACCAACCCACUCAUCAAACUCGGGAAACAGCAAGCCUUCGUCGGGACAUGCUGGUCAUCAAAAAGUGGCACUGCAGAAGAAUACAACACCGGCCAUCUCAAAACCGGGGAGUGCAGGAAAAGCACAAAAACUACAAAAUGAAAUAAGUAAUGUUGUUGAGGAAGGUUCCUCGAGGGAGCCAGAAUUUUAUUCAAUGGCACAUAUGGAGCGUGAUUUAAAGAAAGGAAUUACGGAAGAGAAUACAUCCGUUGCUUUAAAACCAACAAAAAUAAGUCCAAAACUAGUUGCAGAGCGAUGUCUUUCCGAUAUUCCAAGUGAUGAAGAAGAAUUGUAUGUAGUUUUUGAAGAGUUUCGCGAAAUUGGAAAAUUUAGGGGAAUAUCUCAUGUUCACACAUCAAGAUACAAUCAAUUGUUCAUGAUCAAAAAGCUAAAGCUUGAUAGAUGUAACAUUAUGAAAAUUGAAAACCUUGAUUUGUACACCCAUCUCACACACGUUUAUCUUCAAUGUAUUAAGAAAAUUGGAGAUGAAUUGAUGGAAAACAAAAGGCUUCAGUUUCUCGACUUGGCCAAUAAUGAAAUUGAGGAAUGUGACAUAUCGAAACUUCCAAAAAGCAUUGCAAUUUUCAAUGUUGAAAACAACCCUCUAAAAUUAGAGGAAAAUUUCGUUAAAUCUUGCUUACCAAAUCUAAUGCAGUUUAACAAGAGAGAGUAUAUAGAUGAAGAGUUUGUUCCUGAAGAGAAGCUUCCGUUUGAUAGAACUACGCUGAGCCAAAUGAGGUCUUCUCAGUCUGGGUUGGAUUUGCUGAAAAACUCCAAAAACGAAGAUCAGACAACAGAUAUUCCAACUACAUCUGCUUCUCUAGCUGAAUUAGCAAAAGCCAACUCUGACAUUGUGGAAAAUUAUAAACAUGCCUUAAUGGAAGAAAUGGACCGUAUUCGAACCGAAUUCAAAGACAAGAAAGAGAAAUUAAUUGCUGAAAUUCAGGAAAGGAAAAGUAAAUUACGAGCAGAAAAAAGUAGUCUCAAUUCCACGAGCAGUGAUGAAUCGAGCGAUGAGUCCUCAAUUGACGAAUAA